AUGUGUGCACGCGCUUCCGUUUUAACUCAUCACUUCGCCUUUACAAAAGCAAAUCUAGCUAAUAAAAAGGAAUAUCCGGGUGGUGGCAUCGAUUCCGUUGCCCUAAUGGACUCGAUCGUUGAUGUCAUAUUUUUUGCUGAUAUUUUAUUAAACUUCCACACAACAUUUGUUGGACCGGGUGGAGAGGUUGUCAUAGACCCCUCAAUAAUACGACAAAACUACUUCAAAUCGUGGUUCCUUAUUGAUCUCUUAUCAUGUCUGCCUUAUGAUAUAUUUUAUAUGUUCAAAAGAGAUGACGAGAGGAUUGGUAGCCUAUUUUCCGCCUUAAAAGUGGUACGAUUACUGCGAUUGGGCAGGGUAGCGAGAAAACUCGACAACUAUUUGGAGUACGGUGCCGCAACAUUGUUGCUCCUACUAUGUGCCUACGUUCUAGUAGCUCAUUGGUUGGCGUGUAUCUGGUUCAGUAUAGGAGAAUAUGAAGUUCGGAUUAAGAUGGACAAUCCGUUGUUACCGGAUGGCUGGCUAUCUCGGUUAGCAAAUGAUUUGAAAUCUCCAUACAAUAUCAAUCUGUCCAACCGAACACGUUUGGUAGGCGGACCUUCAAGGACUAGCUCUUACAUCUCCUUAGCUCAUUGGUUGGCGUGUAUCUGGUUCAGUAUAGGAGAAUAUGAAGUUCGAAUUAAGAUGGAUAAUCCGUUGUUACCGGAUGGCUGGCUAUCUCGGUUAGCAAAUGAUUUAAAGUCUCCAUACAACAUCAAUCUGUCCAAUCGAACACGUUUGGUAGGCGGACCUUCAAGGACUAGCUCUUACAUCUCCUGUGAUACUACGGAUAAUGAGAAGGUGUUUGGAGUCUGCAUGAUGAUAAUCUCUGCAUUGCUGUAUGCUGCCAUAUUUGGUCAUAUGACGACAAUCAUCCAGCAGAUGACUUCUGCAACAGUGAGAUAUCAUGAUAUGAUCAGCAACGUACGGGAGUUCAUCAAACUGCAGGAGGUGCCUAAAGAACUUGCUGAGAGGGUUAUGGAUUAUGUGGUCUCUACCUGGGCAAUGACAAAGGGUAUCGACACUCAGAAGGUAAAAGUUUGCUAGAA